AUGGCGGUGGUUCAGUUUGGGGAGGACGGCGAACCGAAUAUCUCGAAGCCAGUCCGACGAAUGCGAUGGGCCACGCAGCGACAUACAGAUUCUGGAGGGCUGAAGAAACGAAUUUCUAUCGUCGACAGAUUCCAAAAGAGACUCAGUUUGAAGGAGGAAAAACGCGAGUCCACUGCCAGUAGUCUGCCUAAGGGCAGGCAAUCUCCUGAAGGAAGUGCCUCGACAGAUGACUCUGACCAGCGGAGGAUAUAUUUCAAUACUCCUAUCGCUCCAGAAGAUAAGGACGAGGAUGGGAAUUUGAAUGCUAGCUAUGCAAGGAACAAAAUCAGAACUGCGAAAUAUACCCCAUUAAGUUUUGUCCCCAAAAAUUUAUGGUUCCAGUUCCAUAAUAUCGCCAAUGUGUACUUUCUUUUCAUCAUUAUUCUCAGUAUUUUCCCAAUUUUUGGCGCUUCAAAUCCGGGGUUGAACGCCGUACCUUUAAUCGCUAUCCUCACCAUCACCGCCAUCAAAGAUGCUAUCGAGGAUUGGCGCAGGACAGUUUUGGACAACGAAUUGAAUAAUUCCCCAAUACAUCGGUUGGUUGAUUGGAAUAAUAUAAACUCCACGGAGGACAAUAUAUCUACGUGGCGCCGGAUAAAGAAAGCAUCAACUCGAGGUGUUAAGAAAUUAUACAAGUUUAUUCAACGUCUUCGGCAUGGAGAGCCGGCUAAGAAGGAAGAAGAUGCGCCGACCAGGCGUAGUUCCAUCGCAACGUCAAGGCGACAAUCCACAUACUCUCAACGAGCUUCCAUGCAAUCGAAUCGCACUGAGGACGUAAAUGGCGCCAUACCAAUGACGCCUAUUCCUUCCCCGUCUUUCGACAGACGACGGGCUGAGUCCACUGCAUGGGGCUCAGAUGAUACUACCCGCGUGGAUGAAAGUCCACCUUUAUCCACUUCGAAUGGAACUUUGCCACCCAGCGCAGCGCAUCUGGCCCCUGAAGCUCUAGGCUUGGCAGACGUCCCCAUUGCUCCUAAAAGCUAUGGCAGUGUCCUCGACAAGUCGAAGCAAACGCCAGGAACGGCGAGGUUUGCCCGAGAUUACUGGAAGAAUGUCCAGGUGGGUGACUUCGUGCGUCUUUACAACGAGGAGCAAAUCCCAGCCGAUGUGGUAAUUUUGUCAACGUCUGAUCCUGAUGGCGCUUGCUACGUGGAAACCAAAAAUCUUGAUGGAGAAACGAAUUUGAAAGUGCGACAGGCUCUUCACUGCGGACGUGGUGUCAAGCAUGCGAGGGAUUGUGAAAAGGCCUCUUUCAUCAUUGAAAGCGAAUCUCCCCAUGCGAAUCUCUACCAAUAUAACGGUGCUAUUAAGUGGGAGCAACGAAACUCCAAAAACCCGGAUGCUACUCCUGAGGAAAUGGUUGAACCCAUAACUAUCAACAAUGUUCUUCUUCGGGGUUGUAACCUUCGAAAUACCGAGUGGGUUCUUGGUGUUGUUAUAUUUACAGGGCUACAAACGAAAAUUAUGCUUAAUUCUGGCGAAACUCCGAGAAAGCGUGCCAGGUUAGCAAGAGACCUUAACUGGAACGUCAUUUACAAUUUUGUUAUCUUAUUCUUUAUGUGCCUUGUUUCUGGUAUCGCACAAGGCGUAACCUGGGGACAGGGCGACAACUCACUGGACUGGUUUGAGUUUGGUUCCUAUGGUGGCUCUCCUUCUGUUGAUGGGUUCAUUACUUUCUGGGCUGCCAUUAUCCUCUUCCAGAACCUUGUACCGAUAUCACUUUACAUAUCACUCGAGAUCGUCCGCACUGCUCAAGCCAUUUUUAUCCACAGCGACAAUUUUAUGUAUUACGAAAAGCUACAGUAUCCCUGUACGCCAAAGUCGUGGAACAUUUCUGACGAUCUCGGCCAAAUCGAGUACAUUUUUUCCGACAAGACCGGAACCUUGACCCAAAAUGUCAUGGAGUUCAGAAAAUGCACAAUUGCUGGCGUAUCAUACGGAGAAGCGUACACAGAAGCACAGGCUGGUAUGCAACGCCGAGAGGGAGUUAAUGUGGAAGAAGUUGCCAGAAAAGCUAGAGACCAAAUUGCAAGAUCGCGCGUUGCGAUGCUCCAACAACUUCGAUCUAUCCAUGAUAACCCUUAUCUUCAUGACGAUCAACUAACGUUUGUUUCUCCUGACUUUGUUUCUGAUCUCGCUGGCGAAUCUAGCUCCGAACAACGAAAGGCGACAGAAGAAUUCAUGCUGGCUCUCGCUUUGUGUCACACUGUUAUCACUGAGCGGACGCCAGGCGACCCUCCGCAAAUUGAUUUCAAAGCUCAGUCCCCUGAUGAGGCAGCAUUAGUUGCUACAGCUCGAGAUUGUGGUUUUACUGUGCUUGGAAGAUCAGGGGACGAUAUCAAGGUGAAUGUUAUGGGCGAGGACAGGUCGUAUACUGUUCUCAAUACAUUAGAGUUUAAUUCGUCCAGGAAAAGGAUGAGCGCGAUUAUUCGACUGCCUGAUGGUACGAUUAAGCUGUUCUGCAAAGGUGCGGACAGCAUAAUUUACUCCCGACUCGCUCGCGGUGAACAGCAAGAACUAAGGAAAACAACCGCAGAGCAUCUUGAAAUAUUUGCAAGAGAAGGCCUGCGCACCCUUUGUAUUGCUGAGCGGGUACUUAGUGAAGAUGAAUACCAGACAUGGAAUAAAACACAUGAGCUUGCAGCUGCGGCCCUCAUUGAUCGUGAUGCCAAGCUUGAAGAGGUUUCCAGUGCAAUUGAGCAACAACUUACAUUGCUUGGUGGCACAGCAAUUGAAGACCGGUUACAGGAAGGUGUACCAGAUACCAUUGCUCUACUGGCUACCGCUGGUAUCAAGCUUUGGGUGUUAACGGGAGAUAAAGUCGAGACGGCCAUUAAUAUCGGAUUUUCAUGCAAUCUGUUAACUAAUGAGAUGGAGUUGAUUAUCUUUAACAUUGAUGGCAACGACCCAGUGUCGGCGUCAAAGGAGCUGGAUAGAUACUUGUCCGGGUUUGGCCUUACUGGGUCUGAUGAAGAACUCCUUGCCGCUCGAGACAACCAUGAGCCUCCAGACCCAACACAUGCCGUUAUAGUUGACGGUGAUACCUUGAAACUGAUGCUGAGUGAUGAGCUGAAACAGAAAUUCCUCCUGCUAUGUAAACAGUGCAGGUCUGUCCUGUGUUGUCGAGUCAGCCCAGCUCAGAAAGCUAGUGUCGUGCAGCUUGUUAAAGAAGGAUUAAAUAUUAUGGCACUUUCUGUUGGCGAUGGCGCCAAUGAUGUUGCCAUGAUUCAAGAAGCAGACGUUGGUGUUGGAAUUGCUGGCGAGGAAGGCCGACAAGCUGUCAUGUCGUCAGAUUAUGCUAUCGGCCAAUUUCGAUUCUUGCAAAGAUUAGUGCUCGUGCAUGGAAGAUGGUCCUAUCGCCGGUUAGGUGAAACGAUCGCCAAUUUCUUCUAUAAGAAUCUUGUUUGGACCUUUGCCCUAUUCUGGUAUUGUAUAUACAACAAUUUUGAUGGGUCUUACCUUUUUGACUACACUUAUAUCAUCCUGGUCAAUCUCGCGUUUACCUCGUUACCUGUUAUUCUAAUGGGUAUCUUGGACCAAGAUGUGGAUGAUAAGGUGUCAUUGGCUGUGCCACAGUUAUACAAAAGAGGUAUUGAGCGCAAGGAAUGGACCCAAUGCAAAUUCUGGUUAUACAUGCUUGAUGGCUUUUACCAAUCGGUUGUCUGUUUUUUCAUGACAUAUAUGCUUUAUUCGCCGGCCCAAAAUGUAUCAGAAAAUGGGCUGGAUAUCAGUGACAGGAUGCGAAUUGGCAUUUUUGUUGGAUGCUGUGCCGUCGUUUCCAGCAAUCUCUAUAUUUUGCUGAACACAUAUCGUUGGGAUUGGUUGACCGUACUGAUAAAUGUUAUUAGCUCUCUUUUGAUCUGGUUCUGGACAGGGGUUUACUCCUCAGUCCCUGCGUCUGGAUUUUUUUAUAAGUCCGGUGCCGAGGUGUUCGGUAGCCUUGCCUUUUGGGCCUUGACACUGCUCACAGUCACAAUGUGCCUGGCUCCGCGGUUUACUGUUAAGACUCUUCAAAAGAUAUAUGCUCCCAGAGACGUGGACAUUAUUCGCGAACAAGUAACGCUUGGCAAUUUCAAGCACCUUGACAAUUUCGAAGCAUAUGUCCCUCCUACCGCCGGCUCCAUGUCGGCCUCAGGAGCAGCUCCCCCAAAGCUAACGGACACGAAUGGCAAGAAAGGCGUCCCCGAGGAUGAGCGCCCCAUCUAUCCCCCAUCUGUGGCGCCUACAGCCAACACACAUAACCCUCGUAGCCAAAAUGGUAGCGAUGGAACCGGAUAUUCCGCGAGUUUAGAAAUGCGACAUCAGCCGCAGCAGUCCCUCGAUCGCACUCGACACUCGUUUGACUUCCGAAGUCAUCCACGACAUUCUGUUGAGCGAGUACGACAGUCAUUUGAGCAAGGACGACCCUCAGGUGAACGUGCAAGGACUAGCUUUGAAGCCAGCAAUGAUUUCACUUCUGCUGCAAUGUUGGCCCGAAUGGAAUCGACGCACGGCAGAUAUGGUCACCAAACACCCAAUCCGAUACCCGAACACUAA